UAUGCGAGUAUGCGUGUGCAUGUGUGUGGCUGUGUAUGUGAGUAUGCGUGUGCAUGUGUUGGUCGGGCUGCUUGCCUGGGUGUGUGACUGACUGCAUGCAGACAGGCUGUGGCGCUGGGCUGGCUUCAUCUCAGUAGCGACUGAGCCCGGGCGGGCAGGCGGGCGUGGCUGCGGUGAAUCGGCCGGGGACGGGCUGCAGGGUGCAAGUGCGUGAGCAACUGAAGGGAAUAUCGUGGGCGGGUUGAGAGAAAGAAACAUGGGGAAGGAAGCGGGACCAGGAGAACGCGGAGUCCAGUAUGAAACUGGGGAUCUUCUGAGAUCCGCCAAGUUGUUGCCCGGCGGGGGAGAGGAGGAGCCGGAGCAGAGAGAGCAGCACAGGAGAGACCCCGGCGGACUCAACACUCACAUCAAGGUUUCCUUCGAGGAUGUGAUCGCUGAACCUGUUGGCACGCAAAGUUUCGACGGCAUCUGGAUUUGCAGCCACGCCUCGUUUGAAGUCGGCAAAUUCCUGCUGUACAAAGUCCUCACUCUCUUCCUGGCCAUCCCGCUGGCCUUCAUCAUUGGCAUUCUCUUUGCCGUCACAUCUUACGUCCACAUUUGGUUCCUGAUGCCCAUUGUGAAGACCUUCAUGAUGAUUCUGCCCCCUAUUAAGAUCAUCUGGAAAAGUAUUAUGGACAUGUUUGUUUCUCCUCUGUUCGAGAGUAAGGGCCGAUGCUUGUCUGCAUUCAAUAUCCGCAUCUCUGAAAAAUAAAGAAGAAAGCAAAUGGUGGCAUUCACAGCGAACAAUCUGAACCCAAAAGGAUUCCAGACUUUAUGAAAUAAGUAGCAUUGCCUAUGCUUAAACUUUUCAUUCCAAAUGCACUUUGAGAAAGUAUCUGACAGUUUUUAAGUAUCUACACAUUUUUGCAUCAAAGUCCAUUUAGAAAUAGGCAUACAUAUAAUUGAUUUAUUUUUAUUACAAGUCAGUAAGCAUCCUGGUGUUGAUUAAGAAAGUUUGCACCAAGAUAUUGCCAUGCAAUAAUUAAUAUUUUGACAAAUAUUCAUAAGAAUUAUGUGGCACUAUGAGGCCAUUCGGUCUAUCAAGUCUAUACCAUCUCCUUGCAUUGCAUUCCAAUCAACCACAUUCCCCUUCUGUCUCCCUUUAACACUCUCUCAAGGGCCUAUUCAUUUAUUUUUUGAAGGCACUCGUAUUUCUUCCAGCUUGAUCAAUUGAAUUUCAGAUCCUUGCUAUUCUAAGGGGGUUGACCCCAAUGUGCCCAACAUUUUAAAUGCAUAUCCCCUGCUUCUUGAACUAGUAGCUAAAAGGAACAAUUUUCCUUUAUUUACCCUCCCUGAAGAUGUCAUGACCUCUUCAUGAAAUGCUCAUACCUUUAACUCCUGUAGAUACAUCUGCAUUUUGAGGGACCUUCACAUCCUUCCUUAACCUUCUGACCAAAAUUGAAAACGAUUUCUGACGCCCAGCAGUGUUCAGUGUCAUUUCACUCCUUUGUGUAACUGAGCUUUUCCUAAUGAAUUCUCACGUCCCACUUGUGUAGGGAGGAACUGCAGAUGCUGGUUUACACUGAUGAUAGACACAAAAUGCUGGAGUAACUCAGCGGGACAGGCAGCAUCUCUGGAGAGAAGGAAUGGGUGGCGUUUCAGGUCGAGACGUCACCCAUUCCUUCUGUCCAGAGAUGCUGCCUGUCCUGUUGAGUUACCCCAGCAUUUUUUGCCUAUCUACUAGCAUCCCACAUAUUUUACUAAACACUCUCUCUACCUGCUGUCUACGUUCAUGGAUUAUUAUACACGCGUGUCCUGCACAACAUUCGAAACUGUACCACUUAAGUUAUUUGACUCCCCUUAUUUAUCCUUCUCUGUAUUGAGAGAUAUCAUGUGCCGUGUACCUCGCCAUUCAGAUAAUCUCUCCAUGGCUUUAUUAGUUCUCCUCCGCACUAUUUACUACAUUGCCACACUUUGUGUCACCCACAAAUUCAGAAACAUAACAUUGCACAACAAUGUCUAGGAAUUUAAUAAGCAUUAAAAUACAAUGACCACAGCGCAGGGAACAACAUUCUCUAUCAUCCUCCAAUCUGAAAAGAAAACAUUUAAUAAUCACUACCCUGCAUUCAGCCUAUAAGCUAAUUUCCAAGCAUGUUGAUAGUGGUCCUUUCGUUCCACGGAAUUCAAUUUUACCAACCAACCUUUGUGUGGGACUUUAUCAAGCAAAUCACUGCAUUCCCUUCAUUUAUCUUUAUCGCUUCCAGCAAAAUAUUUAGUUGAGUUAAUUAAAUUCAAAGCUCUCUUUUAUCCACUCUAAAUUGCUCACAUGGUUAUUAAUAUUUUCCCUUAUUAUGUCACAGUGAUAGAGAUAUUCGGCCCAACUUGCUCACGCUGGUCAACAAGUCCCCGAUACACUAGUCCCACCUGCCUGCGUUUGGCCCAUAUACCUCAAAAACAUUCCAAAGGUUUCCCCUCAACCAAGAUUAACUUGACUUGCCUGUAGUUGCAUGGGAUGUCCUAGAACUGCUUUGUGAAACAAGGGGUGUUGCAUUUGCCAUUUUACAGUUCUCCAGUAACUCCCCAUUAUCUAGGGAGAAUUGGAAGAUUAUGACAGGAACCUUAACUCCAUCAAUAGAAAAGGAUGCAUCCCAUCCAGACAUGGUUAAUUGGUUUACCUCAAUCAUGUAGGGUUCUGCUGAAUCCAUAGAAUGUAGAAAUAGUACAGCACAGAAAGAGGCCCUUCAGCCCACAAUGUCUGUGCUGAACAUGAUGGCAAGGCCAAUUUAACUGUCUGAUAUCUCUCCAUUCCCUGUAUAAUCCAUACCCCUCCUUUCCCUUCAUAUCCAAGAUCCUUCAUCUGAAAUAUUGAAUAGACAUCGGGUCCAUCUUCUAACAAAGGAUAUCCUUGUGAUAGAGGAAAUGUGAUGAAGGUGGGAUGAUGGAUUUGUUACAGGCAGUAUGGUGCAAUUAGCCUCCUGUGCGUCUACCUUAAGCAAAGCUAAUCUACCUAAUAAUUCUGAUUUUAUGAAAUGUUCACUUUUGUGAUCUUGAGUUGGCACCAUGCCUUCUUUAACUACCUGCAUUCUAUUUACAUACAGAUAUGGCACAUUGAUGCAGGAAAGUUGAAGUUAAAGUUAUGAUUUAAGGAGAAACAAUUCUGAAGAAAUGAUGGACUUUCAGAAUUGAAACUACAGUAUGUUAGUUUCAGUUAUCAGAAACCAAUGGCAAGCAAAAUCAAAUAAAUUGCAUUAAGAGUAAACAAUGUCUUCACAAUUGGCAGCAAUUACAGGAUAUAUGUAACAAUAUGAAAGUGAUAUCCAACCAAAAAUAACAAUUUACAUAGUGCAUUUUCACAAUAUGACCUCUUGGAUCUAAUCAACUAAAUUAUGGACUAGUUUCAGCAAAUCUUCCAAUAUAUUUCUAACAGUCUCCCACUGUCUAUGUAUUCCAUCAUUAUUGUGCUUGCUGAGCUGCAUUGGCUCCCAAUCUCCUAAUUCGUUCAGUUUAACAUUAUUUGCCUUUCUAUCAUUCCCCAAUCUUUCAUCUGUACAAUACAAUAAGGUUUUAUUCGUCAAAUUGCACAUAAAGUAAUUAAUUUGUCAGCAGCGGUACUAUGAUAAAGAACACACAAUACAUAAUAAAAAUGUAACACAAACAUCCACCACAGCAUUCAUCACUAUGGGGGAAGGCACAAAAAUUGGCCAGUCGUCCAUUUUAGGAUUCCCGGUUUUAUAAUUCCUUGAGCAUCUUUGAUCCUCCAGGUCGAGCCAUUCUAUCCUCAACUUCCAAACCAUUUGAGGCAGAACAUUCAGUCACCUUCAUUUGACUCUAUAAACUGCUCUCUCCGUCUCAUUUUGCUGAUUUUAUGAAAUGAUCACAUUUUUCCAAACUGUGUCAAAAUCCAUCCUUUCAAUUGAGCUUUCAUUCAAAUCAUCUUUCAUGGGUUAAAUCCAAUGUUUAUCACUUUUAUUUUUGCUGCUUCACCAUAAAGUAUGUUGUCCAUGUGACUGAUGCUAAGGGGUUUAUCUAGAUUCAUGUUAUAAGUUGCUAUUGAAUCCCCAAUCAUUAAUAUUAGGAUUUUAAUUGAAAAAUGAGAAUCAAUAAGUUCUGAACUGUGUUAAAUUAUUGGGUUCUACUUUAACUUUUCAUUAUGGAUAUCAAUGAUUCAAGAUCAAAAUACAUACACACUGAUAUAAGACUAUGUUGUGACUUUGGAGUCAAGAAAUGUGUUCUUGUAUUAACAUACAAUACUGUGGACUUACAGGUUUUUUGAUGCUCAAUAUUGUAACACUUGAAACACUUGUGCACUGCACUGAUGUGAUGGAUUCUUAUAUUACUCUGGUUGUAUAAUGUUUGCACACAAAUGUAUGCUUUGGUAGGCUGAGGUACUAUUACAAAGUUAUAAAUAAGAAAAAGUUAAUGCCUGUAUUUUGUUUUUUUUCCUUUCAUUAUUUUGUCCAAUAUUAACAUUAAACUCAAACUCUGAUAAUAAUUUAAGCAGUAAAACUCUAAUGAUCUGGAAACUUUGGGACUUUGGUGCUGAAUAGGUGGAUCCUCUGCACUAUUAAAUGUUAUUUCCAUCUCCAUCCCAAUGUAUUUUUAGUUCACAUUUAUGUUUAGAUGUUAGACAAUUUCAUGAUCAUUUUCCCAGUGAACCAGGUACUGCCCCAUAGGGGAGAUUGACACAGAAUGCUUAAGUAACUCUGACAUCUCUGGAGAGAAGGAAUGGAUGACGCUGUGGGCCGGGACUCUUCUUCAGACUCCAGACCUUUCUUCAGGUAAACCAGCAUCUGCACUUCCUUCCCACACAUUAAGUUUAAAAGGAUUCAGGAAGUGGGGCCCCAAUGAGUGAGAUGAGGAUGUAGGAACCAAAUGCAAAUGAGGUGGAAAUGAGAUGACAAAACAUCAGCUGAUGAGCCACAUGACAAAUAUCAGGAUUUCCAUACAGUUGGAUAGUGGAUUACCAGAGAUUUACUGUUGUGUCAGUUUACAGUGAAGACUGUGCACUUUGAAAAUAUAGCAACUGCUGACCCAUCCUUUCUUUUGUGUUUGUGAGUUUUCAAAGCAGCCACUCUGAUCUCUCUAACUGGGUGAAAGAACCAUCCAUAGUAUAAAACAAAAACUCAAAAGAUUUAAUUUCUUUCUGCAAUGAGUUAACUGACCACAGAAAAGGCUAUACUUAAACUGACACGAUUGAUGUUAAUCCACUUGAGCAUGGGAGAACUCACUCCUGACACCUAGAAUUUUGCAGUAAAGUCAAUCUGCUGGAAAGGCUGGCUUGGUACAUGUAAUGUAUUCAUACAUAUUCGUGUAUAUGUUAAUGAGUUGGUGUUCAAUAUAAGCAGGGAAUGUUGGGUAAUAAAUCUCUCUCGUGAUCCAGGCAA